UUCUCUUUCACAGCACAAGUUUUCAGUUUUCAUUUCAUGUCUUUGAAAAUUGUGACAGCGCAACUAGUAGUGGUAAAGUCGAAGAGCAGACUUUCAGAGAAAGCAGGGAAAUUAUUGUAGCAAGAAAGAGCAGCUGGCUUAGGCCAUCACAGGAUAGAAAACGAAUUCAGUCCUCUACAAAGUCACUUGAAGGCGCCGCCAUGGCGGUGAACCAAGGAUGGGACGCUGCGAGAUUUCAGCCACUGCUCGCUCCUGGCGAAGGGAUAUGCCGAACAUGCCAUGACGUGGAGGUGGAGGUGUCUGGUGACUCGAUCAUGGGCACGAAGAGUGGCAACCAUAAAGGCAGCGCAUGCCUGACUACGCAGCGUUUUGUCGUCGGAGUGAAGAAUCCUCGCGGUCCCGUGCAAUCCAUCUCAAUGCCGUUCUACUGUUUGCAGGGUAUUGAAGUCAAGCAGCCCAUAUUUGGUGCAAAUUACCUGACAGGCUACAUGCGCUCCGACACGAAUGGUGGCUGGAAUGGCAGAUGUCAAUUCAAGAUGUACUUCAACUCUGGCGGCGCCAUCGAGUUUGCGAUGGACUUUAUGCGUCUUCUGCGGGCAGUUCCUCCCAACCCUCCUCCGUAUGAGCACGUUGUGGCGCAUGCAGUACCAGUAGCUCAGCCUGUCGCUCAACCAGCUCAACCAUAUCCGUCAGCUCCGCCGGCAGAAUACCAGGAUGAGUCGAAGGGUGGUACGCAGCCGGCUGCAUCGGCCUACUAUCAGCCGAGCAACCCACACACGAUGUACGUACCAGCGCAGCAAGCCACCGCGCCACCGGCUGAUCCCGAUGCACCGCCGUCUUACUAUGAUGCCACCAAGAAACAGCAGUGAUGUGAUCCGCUCAGCAUCGCAUCGUACCAUACCCCCCCCGACACUGAACUGCGUGGAAUCAACGCUUCCUCUUCGGUACGUCAUUGAGUGUUUGUGUCGUUCACGGUUGUGUGGAAACUCAUCACCGUCAACAUUAUGCCGCCGUGGAUUCUUCCUAGAAUGUUUGGCUCGCCACGCGACCAUAGUGCUCCACCUUAUCUUGCCGCGUUGCUGCGUUUAUCGCACGUGCGCUCCCCCAACGCGAUGCCGCUCUGUGUACCACGGCGCUCCCAACGCCAAGCCGUUCCUCGUCAGUACUCGGUUCGCCCGAAAACACUUUCACGGCACCAGCCAUCUGGUCGUCGGGUCAGCUGUUUCUAAAAGAGCUGCUGUAUUUCACUACAAAUUCACUACUUUUUUUUAAGUACAGUACUCGCUGCCGAUUUAUCACUGCUUUCCCCCGGGAGCAUGCACGCCGUAUAGGAUCUACUCUACCCUGUGCUACAGUGCUGUUGAAAUUGAUUUCUUCUUGUUUGCAACCCCCCCCCCCCCCCUUACCCUCUUAGUUUGCUGCUUAUUGUGCAUGCUGGUUCGUGCCCGCUGCUGCCGCCUGCUCACGACUUCAACCUGUGUACAUUCUAAUGUGUAAGCUGUGUUGCUGUGACGAUUUUUUUGUUUGUUUGCAAUGGCUGUUUUCCAGCCCAGAAUCUGAAUUUUAUUUCACAUCUACUCCAACAUAGCGAUGCAUGCUGUGCUGUUUUUAGAAUAUCAAUUCAAAUUAUUUUAUACGUGUGUAGUCUGUAUGUGGUCUGCUUGUUCGUGACAUGUUUAUUAUGCUUGGAAGUGA